AUGAAGAACUUUGCCGGAACACUCAUCACCGCGCUCCUCGCCGCUGCCGAAGGAGUCUACGCGUUCCCUAGCACCGGAACUACCUCGCUGAGGAAGGAGGCAUCUAAGAAGGACAUUCUCAUCGGGUCUGGAGCGAUCAAUCCGACCUACCUCAAUGAUACUGAGUUCGCGGCCGUCCUUGCCAACCAGUUCAACAGUCUCUCUCCCGAAAAUGAGAUGAAAUGGUCGUUCAUCAACCCAGCCAAAGGGCACUAUAACUGGGAUACCAUCGACCACCUCGUCAACUUUGCGGAAGACAACAACAUGGUGGUCAAGGGACACGGGCUUAUCUCGAGCUGCUGUAACCCUGACUACCUGCUCAACAUCACGGACCCCACAGCGUUUCGUGCUGCAAUGAAGUCUCACUUUGAGGUGAUCAUGCACCGGUACCGUGGCAAGAUGGAUCGGUGGGAUGUCGUCACCGAAGCCCUCAAAACGCAGGGUGGCGGCCUGAAUAACAACACCUUCUCCAAGGUACUCGGACCCGGCUACAUCGAGGAUGCCUUCCGCAUCGCCCGAGCAGCAGACCCAGGCGCCAAGCUGUUUAUCAACGAAGGUCUUGUUGAGGCACUCCCCGGCAAGCGUCAGGAACUCUACGACCUGAUCUCCAGUCUCGUGGCGCACGGCGUUCCGAUCGACGGAGUUGCCCUGCAGCUGCACAUCACACCCCCCGGAUCAGCCCCGAGACCGGGCGUCAUCACGGAGAUGGUCAACUCGUACAAAGCGCUCGGACUGGAAGUGGCCAUUGCUGAAAUGGAUGUCCACACACUCGACGACGCACUCGAAACCGAUACAUACGGUGCCGUCAUCACCGAGGCUCUCAACGCAGGAAUCACCGACAUCAGCUUCUGGGGCUUCACGGAUAAGCACGCCUACACCUGGGUGCCGGGCGCAAAGCCAUUGAUGUUCGACCAGUGCUAUAAGCCCAAGCGUGAGUUCUACGCCACUCACGCUGCCCUAACGAACUUCGUCAGCAUUCCCUAG